AUGUCGAAAAAGGAAGUACCGCAUAGACCAAGUACAUCAGCACUUUACACAGACUUUAUUUUGGAAGCCAAAAAAAGAAAACUUCAACACUGUGAAUUGAUAAAAUAUCAGGACGAUUUUAAACACUCAAAUGUUAUGCGGUAUUCGCUGCACUGUUUCAUAAUGGACCAACCACCAAAAAUUCAAGCAGACGUAGACAAUCUUGUAGACAUAAUGAAGACAACAUUCAACGGAGCUGCUAUCAGUGCAAUUGAAGAAGCAACAAGAAUGCAGUACAAGAGCAGCUUGAGGUAUGAGAUGAGGUAUGGCCGAAUGACAGCUUCAAAGGCACAUGAAGUGAGCGUAUGUCAUACACCUGAUGGUUCAUUGGUUGCUACUAUAAUGGGCGCAAAAAUACCAUACUAUUGCAAUGAAAAGAGGUAG